AUGCCUACCCCUUGUGAAUUGGUGUUACCCUAUGGGGAGUUGGACCAAAAAUGUGCAAAGGGAUUGGUCUUUUCAUAUGGGAAUGGGUUAAUACACACAUUGCCUUUACGAGAAAAUCACCUGAAGGUUAUGAUAGACAACAUUGAUAGAUAUGAAAACUUUCCUCUUCCUGUGAUGACAAAAGAAGUUGCUAACCUACAAGGGGCGGUUGGCACUGUAAUUCAAUGGCCUCGGAUUGCAAUUAUUCUUGCAAAGGAACAAAGAGCGAAGAAACAAAUUCCAACCACAAGUUUGGUGCCAACAAUUGCAAGGGCUGGUACAAACAAGAACAUACCCAACCAAACAUCCAGCAAGGCGAGGCCGAUUGAAUAUCUUCGUGAUUGCUUGAAGACCAACCAAGUGGUUAACAUUGUAGCCGAUUCUGGGAUUUUGGAAGUCGGGACAUAUGAUUUUUCGGUUACAUGUGAAGAAUAUUUUUGACUGCUGAGAAAACAAACAACUGAUGCUUCAAUCAUAACUGCUUGGCAACUGAUUCUUCAUUCAAUGGUUCGGACACGUAUGAACAAAUGUGCUUUCUUAAACCCUUAUAAUAUUCUAGGGGAGGCAUGCCAGAAAAACCCAGAGGGUGUCGUUAGUUAUCUUGUUGAUUCCAUUCGUCUGCACCAUGGAAAAUUGUUUCUCAUUGCACCAUAUUUGCAAAAUAAGCAUUGGGUGUUCUUGGUGAUUUCCCUUCGCAAUCGCAUUGUCUAUAUUUUGGAUUCUCUUAAGGAUCGUAUAGAAAAGUCUGCCGACUACCAUUACCUGCUCAAAAAACAUGUGGACAUGGCUUUCAUGAGGUAUGAAAAAGACACUUCAACUCCAAUUGGAUGGAUUUUUGCUAAGUGCAACCAACAACUUGGUGGUUUAGAGAGCAGACAUUAUGUAAUGUGAUGGAUGUUUGAUUUCUUGAAGACAAGACAACAUGGAUUUCCUAGUAAAUCCGGUAGCAUUUGGGAUGACAAAAGUCCCUUUGAGGAAAAUGUGUUGCUUGCAACUGUUGCUACCUGGUCUAGAGAGUUUUUGAAUAACUAUAUGAAUGAUGUGGUCCUUUAAAAAAGCAUAUAUGGGAGGUUAGAAGAAAGAGCCAUUACAAUUAUUUUUUUGGACAAUCCCUAUGCCAAGUCAAGACAAAUGUUUUUUUUUGUAAGUUUUCAUGCAAGUUGUAUGAUGUAUGAAAUUACCAAAUCCACGAUUUCUUUUGCUACCUAGACAAUUGUCUUUGUUUGAUUAUAUUUUUAUCAAUGACUAUUAUGGUUUAUUUAACAGUUCCAUAUAAAAA